AUGGUUGAAUCCGUACAAUCAUUCCCUCCAUUGGAGAAUUAUAUGGUACCAGAGGUUGAUAAUGAGUUAGAAGAUGAUACGGUUAAUAAUAAUGGAGAUAAAUUGCUAGUUAUGUCUCAGGAUAGGAAUGAAUGGGAUGAGAUAUUUGAUCAAUUUUCCAACCUUUCUUCUGAGAGGUUGCAGAAGUUGAUAAGCAAUAAGCACUCUACAUCGAACGCGCAGUCGCAAAUAUUUAAGGAACUGUUUAGGUUGCUUGAUCAGGUGGAAUCGGAUUUCCCUAGGGAUCAGUUACUUGAGCAGUUGAUUGAACUUUUGCGGAAUAAUGAAAGCACUGGGACUGCAGACCAAGAUCUCUUCGACUAUUUGGGAGCCGAGAACAUUGAAUUGAUUUCGUUUUUGUUAGAGCAUCAGGACGUGUUAAAACAGAUGCCAGUUCCUAGUGCUUCUGGUAAUGAUGCUGAUGAUGGCAGCAGGUUUAUGACGGAAGAAGAUAUUAGAGCGCAAGUGAUGAUGAAUAGAGAGAAGGGCAAAAAUGCGAAGUUAGCCCCAAUGCAGAAAAGAGUACGGUACCCCCAUGUGUUCAGACAAUAUGAGGAUGGUGGAUCCUCGAUGCUAUCGUUUGCUGGUCAAAAAUUUGCUCUUCCUAUUGGAAGCACAAGAGCGACGUUCCAAACCCAUGAAGAAAUCACCAUACCCUGUGCCACACCAAGAAAAAAUUUCAACGUACCGUUGGUAAAAGUUAGCGAUUUAGAUGAGUACUGCCGUAAAGUAUUUGAAUACGAGUAUUUGAAUAAAGUCCAGUCUUUGGUUUACCCGGUGGCAUAUAAUACAAAUGGUAAUAUGUUAAUUUGUGCACCUACCGGUGCUGGUAAAACUGAUAUUGCCCUAUUAACAAUCCUUAAUACCAUAAAGCAGUUUUCGAUGAUAAACGAAGAAGGUGGAUUUGACAUCCAAUAUGAUGACUUUAAGAUCAUAUACGUGGCUCCUCUAAAAGCGUUGGCUGCUGAAAUUACGGACAAGUUUGCUCGUAAGCUUGCGGUAUUUGAUAUUAAGGUUAGGGAACUUACUGGUGAUAUGCAACUAAGUAAAAAAGAGAUCUUAGAUACGCAGGUUAUUGUGACCACUCCGGAAAAGUGGGAUGUGGUAACACGUAAGGCUAGUGGGGAUAAUGACCUUACCUCAAAGGUGAAACUACUAAUUUUAGAUGAAGUGCAUUUGCUUCAUGAAGAUAGAGGAUCUGUCAUUGAGAGUUUAGUUGCUCGUACACUUAGACAGGUCGAAAGUUCACAAACUAUGAUCCGUAUUCUUGGUCUUUCGGCUACACUACCAAACUUCGUGGAUGUUGCUGAUUUCUUAGGUGUCAAUAGAAACGUCGGUAUGUUCUAUUUUGAUCAAUCUUUCAGACCCAAAUCUCUUGAACAACAUCUAAUAGGAUGUAGAGGUAAAGCCGGAAGUAAACAAUGUAGAGAAAACACAGACAAAGUGGCAUACGAAAAGGCUGCCGAAAUGAGAAGGCUUGGCAAUCAAGUAAUGAUUUUCGUCCAUUCAAGAAAGGAUACGGUGAAAACUGCAAGAACGAUGAUUAGUAUGGCAAGAGAUUUCCAUGAGAUGGAAUUAUUUACUAGCGACGAUCCAUCAGCCUCUUUCUUCAAAAAAGAAUUAUCAAAACAGAAGGAUAAGGAUUUGAAAGAACUCUUUCAGUCCGGGUUUGGUGUUCAUCACGCAGGUAUGUCUCGUUCGGAUCGUAACAUUACGGAGAAAAUGUUCAAGAGUGGUGCAAUCAAUGUUCUUGUGUGUACUGCAACAUUAGCUUGGGGUGUUAAUUUACCUGCAGAUUGUGUUAUUAUCAAGGGUACACAAGUUUACGAUUCCAAGAAGGGUGGGUAUACAGAUCUUGGUAUUUCUGAUGUUAUUCAAAUUUUUGGUCGUGCUGGUAGACCUGGUUUCGGUGCGGAAUUCGGUACUGCAUACUUAUGUACUUCUAACGACCGUUUAGACCAUUAUGUUGACCUCAUCACUCAGCAGCAUCCUAUAGAAUCCAGAUUAGGUGCGAAGAUUGUUGACAAUUUGAACGCUGAAAUAUCUCUUGGAACAGUUACUAACGUUGAAGAAGGUGUAAAAUGGUUAGGUUACACUUAUAUGUUUGUUAGAAUGAGACAAAAUCCUUUCACAUAUGGUAUCGACUGGGAAGAAAUUAUUAACGACCCUCAAUUAUACGAUAAAAGAAGACAAAUUAUUAUUACAGCUGCUCGUCGUUUGCACUCAUUGCAAAUGAUUGUUUUUGACGAAGUUUCCAUGCACUUUAUUCCAAAAGAUUUAGGGAGAAUUGCUUCCGAGUUCUAUUUAUUAAAUGAAUCUGUGGAGAUAUUCAACCAAAUAUCAGACCCUAGAGCUACUGAGGCUGAUGUGUUAGCCAUGAUUAGUAUGAGUAGUGAAUUUGAUUCUAUUAAAUUCAGAGAAGAGGAAUCCGGAGAGCUCAAAAAAUUAUUGGACACUGCAGUAGAAUGUCAGGUAUCUGGUGAUGUCGACAGUUCUGCUGGUAAGACGAAUGUCUUACUUCAAGCUUAUGUGUCACAAAGUAGAAUCAAUGAUUCUGCACUAAACUCCGAUGCCAAUUAUAUCGCGCAAAACUCUGCUAGAAUUUGUAGAGCUCUUUUGUUUAUUGGUAUCAAUAGGAGAUGGGGUACAUUCUCUAGGGUUAUGCUAGACAUUUGUAAGUCUAUUGAGAAAAGAAUGUGGGCAUUUGAUCAUCCUUUAUGUCAAUUUCAUUUGCCAGACACUGUACUAAGAAAUAUAAAGGAAAAGAAUCCUAGCAUGGAGAUGUUAUUGGAUAUGGACUCUCGCGAAUUAGCAGACCUUGUUCAUAAUCAAAAAAUGGGAGGUAAACUUUACAGAAUCAUCUCACGUUUCCCUAGAAUCGAUAUUGAUGCAGAAAUAUUCCCAAUCACUACCAAUGUUAUGAGAAUACAUAUUUCUUUAUCUCCAAACUUUGAAUGGGAUUAUCAUGUUCAUGGUGAUGCUCAAUUCUUUUGGGUGUUUGUGGAAGAAUCCAACCAAUCAAGUAUUCUUCAUUUUGAAAAGUUCAUUUUAAAUAAAAGACAGUUGAGCAAUCCUCAUGAAAUGGACUUCAUGAUUCCUCUUUCAGAUCCUUUACCACCUCAAGUCGUCGUGAGAGUGAUAUCGGAUACCUGGAUUGGUUGUGAAACAACACAUACAAUUUCAUUCCAACAUUUGAUCAGGCCGCAUAACGAGACACUUCAAACAAGGCUACAAAAGCUCAACCCUCUACCAACAACAGCUUUAAAGAAUCCAUUGAUCGAAUCGAUAUAUCCUUUCAAAUACUUUAACCCAAUGCAGACGAUGGUUUUCCAUACAUUGUACCAUUCUAAUGUUAGUACUUUUGUGGGUUCUCCAACGGGUUCCGGUAAAACUGUUGUUGCAGAGUUAGCCAUAUGGCAUGCAUUCAGAGAUUUCCCAGGGAGUAAAGUCGUUUACAUUGCUCCAAUGAAAGCCCUUGUAAGGGAAAGAGUGGAUGACUGGAGAAAAAGAAUUACUCCAGUAACAGGAGAUAGGAUCGUUGAAUUGACUGGUGAUUCUGUUCCAGAUCCCCAAGAUAUAAGGGAUGCAACGAUCGUAAUCACAACUCCAGAAAAGUUUGAUGGUAUCUCUCGUAACUGGCAAACGAGAAAGUUCGUUCAGAAUGUAUCAUUGGUAAUAAUGGAUGAAAUUCAUUUAUUGGCCAGUGAUCGUGGUCCAAUCUUGGAGAUGAUUGUCAGUCGUAUGAACUAUAUCUCUUCUCAAACGAAGAAACCUGUUAGACUCUUGGGUAUGUCUACCGCAGUUUCAAAUGCAUUUGAUUUAGCAAGUUGGCUAGGUGUUAAAGAAAACGGAUUAUACAAUUUCCCAUCUAGUGUUCGUCCAGUUCCUUUGAAAAUGUAUAUUGAUGGCUUCCCAGACAAUCUCAACUUUUGUCCCCUAAUGAAAACAAUGAACAAACCAGCUUUCAUGGCCAUUAAACAACAUUCUCCAGAAAAACCUGUUUUAAUCUUCGUGGCGUCACGUCGUCAAACUAGAUUAACUGCUUUAGACUUGAUCCACCUUUGUGGUAUGGAAGAUAACCCUCGUAGGUUCUUGCAUAUUGACGAUGAAGAAGAAUUACAGUAUUAUAUUUCAAAAGUUAAAGAUGAUACUUUAAAGCUUUCAUUACAAUUUGGUAUUGGGUCACAUCAUGCUGGUUUGGUUGAGAGCGAUCGUGAAAUAUCACAUCAGCUCUUCCAAAAGAGUAAAAUUCAAAUAUUGGUUGCCACUUCUACGUUGGCUUGGGGUGUUAAUCUUCCUGCCCAUCUAGUUAUCAUAAAGGGUACCCAAUUCUUUGAUGCGAAGAUUGAGGGUUAUAGAGACAUGGAUUUGACUGAUAUUCUCCAAAUGAUGGGUAGAGCAGGUAGACCUGCUUAUGAUACAUCUGGUACUGCUAUUGUAUACACUAAGGAAUCCAAAAAGAUGUUUUAUAAACAUUUCUUGAAUGUCGGUUUCCCAGUUGAAUCAUCCUUGCAUAAAGUGCUUGAUGACCAUAUGGGUGCUGAAAUUGCAUCUGGCACUAUAGGUACUAAGCAAGAAGCACUUGACUUUUUGAACUGGACAUUCUUAUUCAGAAGGGCACACCAUAACCCUACGUACUAUGGUAUUACUGAUGACACGACUACAGCUGGUGUCAAUAAAUACUUAAGUGAACUUGUUAACCAAACUCUCGAAAAUCUUGAGGAAUCCUCAUGUGUGGAGAUAUACGGCUCUAACAUCUAUGCAACUCCAUUUUUGAGUAUAUCGUCUUACUACUAUAUUUCGCAUAAGACUCUUCGUACUCUUUUGAAGCACAUCAACAAGAAUGCAACCUUCCAAGAUGCUUUGAAAUGGCUCUCACUUGCAGUGGAAUAUAAUGAGCUUCCAGUGAGAAACGGUGAAAUUAUUAUGAAUGUGGAAAUGUCAGCUCAAUCUAGGUACUCUGUUGAGUCAACGUUUGUGGAUGAUCUUGAGUUACCAAUGUGGGAUCCUCAUGUGAAAGCAUUCUUGUUGUUACAAGCUUACCUAAGUCGUGCUGAGUUGCCAAUUGUAGAUUACCAUCAGGAUACUGUUUCUGUGCUUGACCAGUCUUUGCGUAUAUUGCAAGCAUACGUUGAUGUUGCUGCUGAGUUGGGAUACUUCAAAACAGUGUUAACAUUAAUAAGGGUUAUGCAAUGUAUAAAGCAGGGCUGUUGGUACGAGGAUGAUCCACUAUCACUAUUGCCAGGAGCACAAUUGAAGAGAGAUAACAAUAUUGCGUUUGGUGAUGACGGGUGGCCAUUAUCAGAAAAGGAAGGCUAUAAGAUGAAUUUGGAAUCAUUGGCAAGGCUUGAGAGUACCAAUAAAGGUAAACUGAAGAGCAUUAUGAGCAGACACUAUAAGGUUGACGCUACACACCAAAAUAAGAUGAUGAAGACAGUUUCUAGGCUACCUAUUCUCGAUGAUAUCGAGUUUGCACCACAGCACAAUAGCGAAUCGCUGGUUAUGACAGCCACUCAUCACAACAGGAUACCCAAAGAUUUCACAAUUUAUUGCUCGAAAUAUCCAAAGACUCAAAGAGAGUUAUGGUUUGCAAUUGGGUACGUUGGCGACGAGCUAUUUAUGCUAAAGAGGUGCCAACCAAGGCCGAGCGCCCACGGUAAAGGCGGUUUGAGCUUCGACUUUGUCAUUCCAGAAGAGGUUCGUGGACGUGAAGUAGACUUUGUUUUAAUCAACGAUGCCUUGGACAUCAAGUAUCACAUGAAGCACAAACUUUUACCUUAG